CACUCGUCUCCACCUUCCUCUUAUCUUCUUCUCCCUCUUCUAUAUCUCCUCCUUCCUUCCUUAGGGUUUUCACCUUCCUCAUUUCUCCUCUCCUCUCCUCUCUUACUUCCUUUCAUUGCUACUACUCCCAAUUAAGCUCAGAAAAUGGCUUCAUCCGCCGCCCAUAUUCACGUCCUCGGCGGAAUCGGAUUCGCCACCACAUCCUCCAAGAGGAACCUCAACGGUAAAACCACUUCAAUCCCCAGAAGCGCCUUCUUCGGCACGAGAACCGGCCCCUUCUCCACCCCAACCUCCGCCUUCCUCAGAAUAAACACCAGAAACACCCCCGCCGGCGGCGCCUCUAGAUACUCCGUAGGUCCCGUUCGCGUGGUGAACGAGAAGGUCGUCGGAAUCGAUCUAGGCACGACGAACUCCGCCGUAGCCGCCAUGGAAGGAGGCAAGCCGACGAUCGUGACCAACGCCGAAGGCCAGAGGACGACUCCCUCCGUGGUGGCCUACACCAAGAGCGGCGACCGCCUCGUCGGGCAGAUCGCGAAGCGUCAAGCCGUCGUUAACCCGGAGAACACGUUCUUCUCGGUGAAGAGGUUUAUCGGAAGGAGGAUGAACGAGGUCGACGAGGAGGCGAAGCAGGUUUCGUAUAGAGUUGUCAAGGAUGAGAACGGGAAUGUUAAGCUCGAGUGUCCUGCUAUUGGUAAACAGUUUGCUGCUGAGGAGAUUUCAGCUCAGGUUUUGAGGAAGCUUGUGGAUGAUGCGUCGAGGUUCUUGAACGAGAAGGUUACCAAGGCUGUUGUUACUGUGCCUGCUUACUUUAAUGACUCGCAGAGGACGGCUACGAAAGAUGCUGGGCGCAUUGCUGGGUUGGAGGUUCUUCGUAUUAUUAAUGAGCCCACGGCUGCUUCGUUGGCUUAUGGGUUUGAGAGGAAAAGUAAUGAGACGAUUCUGGUUUUUGAUCUUGGUGGUGGUACCUUUGAUGUUUCAGUGCUUGAGGUUGGUGAUGGUGUGUUUGAAGUGCUUUCCACUUCUGGGGACACACAUUUAGGUGGUGAUGACUUCGACAAGAGAGUUGUUGAUUGGCUUGCUUCAAAUUUCAAGAAAGAUGAAGGCAUUGAUCUUCUGAAAGACAAGCAAGCACUUCAGAGGCUGACAGAAGCAGCAGAAAAAGCUAAGAUCGAGCUUUCCUCUCUGACGCAGACAAAUAUGAGCCUGCCAUUUAUCACAGCAACAGCUGAUGGGCCUAAACACAUAGAAACGACCCUCACACGUGCCAAGUUCGAAGAAUUGUGUUCAGAUUUACUUGACAGGUGUAAGACUCCCGUUGAGAAUUCCUUGAGGGAUGCAAAGCUAAGCUUCAAAGAUAUUGACGAAGUGAUCCUUGUUGGUGGAUCAACACGUAUUCCUGCUGUUCAAGAAGUCGUGAGGAAGUUGACUGGGAAAGAACCUAAUGUCACAGUAAACCCUGAUGAGGUUGUAGCUCUAGGUGCUGCAGUCCAGGCGGGUGUUCUGGCUGGAGAUGUGAGUGACAUUGUCCUUCUCGACGUGACACCGCUUUCGAUUGGUCUGGAAACUCUUGGUGGUGUUAUGACUAAAAUUAUUCCAAGGAACUCCACUUUGCCUACUUCCAAAUCAGAAGUCUUUUCGACUGCUGCUGAUGGACAGACAAGUGUUGAGAUCAAUGUACUGCAAGGUGAGAGGGAGUUUGUCCGGGAUAACAAGUCUCUUGGCAGCUUCCGUCUGGAUGGUAUCCCUCCGGCACCACGUGGAGUUCCACAAAUCGAAGUCAAAUUCGACAUUGAUGCAAACGGAAUCCUCUCAGUCAGUGCUAGUGACAAAGGCACCGGAAAGAAACAAGACAUUACCAUUACUGGUGCCAGUACGUUGCCCAAGGAUGAGGUAGAGCAAAUGGUGCAAGAAGCAGAAAGGUUUGCGAAAGAUGACAAAGAGAAGAGGGAUGCAAUUGACACAAAGAACCAGGCGGAUUCAGUUGUUUACCAGACAGAGAAGCAACUUAAAGAACUUGGAGAGAAGAUUCCAGGUGAAGUGAAAGAGAAGGUGGAGGCCAAACUACAAGAGCUUAAAGAGAAGAUUGGAAGCGGAUCAACCCAAGAAAUCAAGGACACCAUGGCUGCUCUUAACCAAGAAGUGAUGCAGAUUGGUCAAUCUAUGUACAACCAGCCUGGUGCUGGAGCAGGAGCUGCAGGUCCUUCCCCUGGAGGAGAAGGUGCUUCAUCAGCAGAUUCAUCGUCAAGCAAAGGUGGUGAUGAUGUGAUCGAUGCUGACUUCACUGAUAGCAACUGAGGAAUCGAACUUUGAUAAUUGAGAUGAUGUGGAUCGAUACUGACUCACCUCAAAUUAGAAAACAAAACUUGGGUGCAGGGGCGAAGCUAUUUUAUAAACAAUGUGUUAGCAAUUGCAUCUACAAUAUUUUGAAAGUUUAGUGUAUUGUAUAAUUUAUUUGUUUUAUGUGCAAGUAUGCACUUAUAAAUUCAAAGAAAAUAGAAAAAAUAUUAAAAUCA